AUGAAAUCUGUUAAACUUGAAAAAGUCAAUAAUUCAAAACAAAUAAAAAUGUCUUCUAAUAGCUGUCCGCCUCGUUAUCAAGAUGUUUCUCAGUCAGUUAAUUCAAACAAGGAAAAGGAUAUUUUUGAACUUUCUGAUGAUUCAAAUGAUGUAUCCAUUGUAUCCUAUGACUCAGACAAAGAUCCUCUUUGGAAAAUUGACAAAAACCUAAGCAAAUCUGUUAUUGAUGGUAUUGAUUAUAUAACACCUGAAAAACAUGGCUCUUUAUUAGUCAAUAAACYGAAUGAUGAUAUAAAACAUACAAUUUCAUCUCCUGUUGGGACUUGGACAGUUGAAAAAGAUGAGGAUACACAAUUAUUAUACAAAACAAGUUCUGAUGGCAAUAGUAUCAAAGUGAAAAAAGUAUUAUUUUGUGAACAAAAUAUUGAAAACACAGGAUCAUCUGGUACUACAGCUAAUAUUUUAAAACAGCCACAAGAUACUACAAUUUUACAAAAGCAGCCAAAUAUAUCUGAUGAUUUUCAACGGUUCAUUACUAACACUUUAGUAAAUAUUAAAUAUGACAUUGGCAGCAUUUUAAGCAUUGUACAAUCAAAUAGUAUUAACAUUAAUACAUUGAUGKCUAAUAAAAAUACAUCAGCCAAAAAUAUCAUAAAUCUUGACAACAUAUUUCCUAUUACAAAUCACRAUGAAUUAGAGUCAUUGGAAACCAAAAUUAAGACUGAUGAAAGCUUUAGAAAUACAUUGGUAACUCAGUUAUCAGUGUUAAUAGAUGUUAAUGAUCUUGGAAAUAGUGUUCGAAGAAUUGUUUCAAGAAUGUUAAAUGAUGUUUUACUCUCCUACUAUUCGUUACAUGGAUUUAAAUCAAAGUUAUGUUUUUCAGGCUUACAUACCUAUCGAGUUAUUAUAGGUAAAACAUUAAACUUUGACUUGUUUGGUACAAUAUAA